AUGUCCACACAAUACGCCAGCGAGCCCAAUCCCACCGCGUCAGCAACGCUCAACACGACCGUUGGGCCUAUCCAGAUCGCGCUCUUCGCGAACCAAGCUCCUCUAACCUGCAAGAACUUCCUCCAGCACUGCAAAGACAAUUACUAUGCAGAGACUAUCUUCCACCGAGUAGCCCCGGACUUUGUGAUCCAGGGCGGUGAUCCCACUGGCACCGGGUCUGGGGGUACCUCGAUUUACGAAUAUCCGGAGUUCGAGUACGACCCCGAAGCUCGGGAUCCGAAUGAGCGCGUGGUUCUUCGCGAUGAAUUGCACAGUCGUUUGCGCUUCAAUCGGCGUGGGUUGUUGGGUAUGGCGAAGAGUGAGGACGGGACAUACGGCAGUCAAUUUUUUAUCACAUUGGCGAACACUGAGCGGGAAUUGAACGGACAGUGUACCAUUUUUGGACGUCUGGAAGGCGACAGCAUAUACAAUGUUCUCAAGAUUGCAGACGCGGAGCGCAUCGAGGGCACUGAGCGACCUGUGUACCCGAUCAAAGUUACUUCCUGUGAGGUGGGAGAACUGGGACCGUUGGAGGGCAAACUGAAGGAUCGAAAGACUGUUUCAACGGCAGGGAAAUCAGAGGCCGGUCCAGUCAAAAAGAAGAAGAAGGCCAAGGGCGGCAAAACACUACUCAGUUUCGGAGACGAGGAGGGAGACGAGAUGCCCAUGCGUCCGGCGAAACCAAAAUUCAACACAAAGUUGGUCUCAGAUGUGCCAGGAGGAUUACCAGAGGUAUCAAAACCCAAGACGCAAACCCAGGCCUCAUCACAACGGAAGCGAACACGCUCGCAAUCUCCACACCGAUCACCAUCCCCGGAGCGCAAAAAGCGCCCCAAGACCCCAGAGCAUGAGACCCAACUUCCAGUACGAGACCCUGAAUCCCCCUCCCGGUCUCCAACCCCAGAAGCUCCCGCGAAAGAAUCCAAGCUAUCCCGAACAAACGCCCAAAUCGCCGAUCUCAUGGCCUCCAUGCGCCGAGACGCCGACGUCGGUCCAAAAGAUACCGGCAAAAAGAAAUCCGCCCUCGAAUCACUCAUCCCAGAGACCUCAAUCCGAGGCCGGAAACGACCCCCUCCCGGAUCCGCCAACGGCUCCAGCCGCAACGGCACAGGGCCCAGCAACGCCGCCGAGCGAGAAGCACUCCAGCUCUUCAAUGCCUUCAAAGCCAAGCUCGAAAGCGCCAAGCCCGAACCAACAUCCAACAAGCAAAUUGAUAAACACGACCGCAACGAGGACGACGAAGACGAAGAGGCUCAGCUCUGUGAUCUGCAUUUCAUUGCCAAUUGCCAAUCGUGUCAAUCGUGGGAUGAUCCUGCGGAAGAUGCGGAUGAGAAUAAAGAUGAUGGGACUUGGCUUUCUCAUGAGCUUCGUUUUGGGAAGGAUACGCUGGGUAAGGAUUUGCAGUGGAAGCGUGAGCAUGGUGCUGAGGCGGAUUCGCUUAUGGUUAUUGAUCCGCGUGAGAAGGAGAAGGAGGUCGUUGGGAAGAAGAGGGGAUUGCAGCGGGAUAGGGAACGGGAGCGGAAACUUGAACGCGUGAGUGGUUUGGAGUGGGAUAAGGGUCGUUGA